UGUGAAAUGUGUGCUGAUAUCCGAGAGCGUGAGAGAUCGUCCCCCCCUAUUUUGCCCGGUGGCUGAGGUUGUGUUCGGUUGCUAUGGGGACGCAGCUGGACUGAGGGUAAAGAUGGCUAGGUGGUGAGAGCAGCGGGAGGCUGCGCCCCCCAAACAUGGCUAAACACGCUACUAAAGCCCGCACCGAUGUGGGGCACAUCCUGGUCCAGGUUCAAGAAGAUCUUAAGGAACUGAAGGAGAAUCUCUCACAAAUAACAAUACAAACUGAUGGAAAGACAUUGGAUAUUCAGUCACUUGAAACAGCCAUACGCAGAACUGAAAUUGGGCUGAAGAGACAAGCAGCAGAAUAUUUGAAUUCGAUCAAUAGACAAGUGUUGACCCUUCCUGCUGUAGAAUACAAAGAUUUGCCAGCUGGUCACAGUUUAGCCGAUACGAUUCCAGCCAAUAGCAAAAUAAUAAAGAAACACGAGUCUUAUCCAUCUUUGCGUAAAAAGUAUCAAGGACCUCGGUUGGGAAAUGCACCUCAACAUACCUCACCCGGAAUUCAGCAUAAAAUGGCCAUGGAUGUGAAAAUUUUGCGUGAUCCAACCCACCCAAAGAAUAGGAAUCUUAUCAAUGAAAACUAUGGGCUUCGGUUUCCUAUUAUUAGAAACGCAUUGCCUGAAAUACCUUCACAAAAACUUGCUAAAGGCACGACAAUUUCCCCAAUUGCUAUUUUGCCUCCAGCCAAUCGUCAAGAUCCAUCUCUCCUUCCUCCAUUUGUGUCUGAAAAAGAUGCAAGAAAAGGUAUUCUCAGUUUGACUGAACGUGGUCUCAUUCCUCAAGGAUCUGAGUUGACCCUUAACCCAUCUCCUGUCCAACACAAACUGGCUAUUAUGCAUGACUGCCAAGAGAAAUACAAAAAGCCACCUCCAGAAAUAUAUGGUUCUUACCCUCAAAAAUCAUACUACGUAGUGAUUAGUGAGUCCAGUCCUGAAGAACCGAAACCUCUAGACAGGUUGACUUCCAAACCACCACUCAACAGGGGCACUGUUACUCCUGCACCUUCUGUCAUGACCACAUCGUCAAUGAAGGACUACAAUGCAGCUCAACGUCUGCUUGAUAAAGAAAUAGUGCCAUACGACUUUCAUGAGCCAAAGGAGUUUCAAGUGGUGCCGCUUCACCAACCGCUGAAAUUUCCACGAGCUUACUACGUUACCAUUUUCAGCGGCACACUAGAUUACACGGCUCGAGACUUCCAGGCUUUCAAACAACGGUACCAGUCAUACUGGAAACACAUCUUUACCUUCCUGGAAUAUCUUGCGAUGAAGCUAAGAAAAUAUGAUGUGCCAGUUGCCAUAGUAGAAGGCGAGAAGUUGGCAAAGAUUUCAGUUGUCUCUGAUCUUGAUUCACAGCCCACCUGGGAGAAACUGCUUCCUGCAUUGCAAAAUAAAGACUUGGUAGAAGACAUUGUCAUGCGUCCAGGCCAGCAGUAUAAGGGGCCAGAUGGCAUGGUAAUAGCAGCCACAAAAAUCCAAGCUAUCUGGAGGCAGUACCUAGGCAGGACCAAGUACCUCGCAUCUCUUCGCCAGAAGUGGGCAGCAGGUGUUAUUGCCAUCUCCUGGCUCAUGCAUGCUCAAAUGUCCCGGGUGAAGAAGACCCUAAAGCAGUCACGUCAGAGACACCUGGAGAAUUUUCGCAGCAGGGCCAAGCAUCUGGCAGCCAACUGGAAUUGCAUCAAGGCCUCCAGGAGAACUAUUAUCCACAUCCCAUCAUUAGGGUAUGCUCGAUGGCUGCGAUCUACAGUGCCUGAUAUAGAUACUCAGCAGAAUCUACAGAUGGGAAGGUUAUGUGAGAUCAAGGAUGACAAUGUAGAUGUUAUCUAUAUUUGCCCCCUGUGGAUUGGUGAGGAUGUGACCCAGUACUACAUGAAACUGCUUGGGCUACAAGAAAGUGUCAAAUCAGGAAAACCUGAGGCGAUGGUGGACAUGACAAAUCGUCUCAAGGUCAUCACACCAGAGGCAACAAUACAUUUUACUACCCACCACUUGUGCCUGGCCACUCAUCUGAAAUACAGUCCCCAGGCAAUAAAGCGAAUAAAAAAUCUUAUUGAAGGCAAGCCUGCAUACAUCGUUGGUGGAUUGCUUCACCAGGAUGACUUAGCUGUUGCAGAUAUGCUAAAUGUACCAAUCCUGGGUCCAGAGCCGGAAGUGGCCCAUUUGUACAGUACCAAGUCUGGAAGUAAAAGAAUUUUUACAAGUGCAUCUGUGCCAAUGCCACCUGGAGAAUAUGAUAUAUACAGACGUCAGCAGAUGCGUGAAGUCCUUAUUCAGCUUAUUAUUGAAAACCUGGAAAUUAAACGUUGGCUCUUCAAAGUGGACACUGAGUUUGGUGGACGAGGUACUGCAUACUUUGAUGUUACUCACCUCCCAUGUUAUCAUCAAACUCUAAUGGAAUUUAAGAAAGUUGGUCCUACUAUAUGGCUGAAGAGUAAAUGGAUGCAGGAACCUGCUGAGAUAAAGAUGGCCAAGGAAUUGCCUGGAGUUUUGGCAGAGCAUGCACAACCAGUUAAUCAGGAAAUAUUCCCGACGUGGGAAAAGUUCUUAAAAAUGUUCCUCUGUCAAGGUGGCGUGGUGGAGGCAUAUCCACCGUCAGACAGUGUUACUAACCUCACCGUGGACAUGCUGAUAGAGCCAACAGGGGAAAUAUCAAUGGUAUCGUGCGGGGACCAGAUCCAUUCCACAAGUCCCCUGGAAUGCUGGGGCACCACCGUACCACAGUGCUCUGUGGAGCCGAGCAACCUGCACUCGAUGUGCGUAAAGAUCGCUGAGGCCUGCAAAUGCCGAGGAAUGAUAGGUUUCUUCUCGAUUGACCUGGUGACCUUCAUACAUCCACACACAAUGGAGCAGCAGGUCUGGGCUACAGACUUAGACCUGGCCUACAGUAACCAGCUGGCCAUGACACAACUGAUGCUCUUCAUUUCUCAUGGGAAUCUGGCCUGUGAAGCCAACACCUUUGAAGUGCCUCCAAAGCUAAACGAGAAAAAAAGGAGACUUCGCAGGCACGAAGUGGCAAAAGAGGUGCAAACGCAAACUCAACUUCCUUUCGUGAAACGUUACGGAGUGUUAAGCACACAGUUGAAACAUGGCAAUUUAUCCAUGGUCCACUACAGUGUACUCUUCAAGAUUUUUAAAGCUCACGGGAUUGGUUUUGAUAUUAAGGAAAGACAAGGAACAGUUUUUAUACUACAUGAAGGAAACAAGAGGGAUCGCCUAGGGAUGGUAACAAUCGGGGAAGAUCUCCAGGGGGCUCUACUGACCUUUGCUCGUAAUCUCUCUGUCAUUCAUCAGGAAAUAACAGCACCUAAUGUGCAGUGGGAGAACAAUUUUCAGGCAGCGAUUCAAGAUAUUGAAACAAUCCUUGGAGUUACAAUAGCGAACAAGUCCCAAGAAGCCAAUUCCAUCCUUCCAUCAGAGCUUAUGAUAUGAAGAACCUAAUUCUGAGCAACUACAGAUAUUUAACAGUGAACUACUUGAGCUCCAAUUCUAUCUCGCUGGAAUCCCGUGUUAUUGUAAGCGAUCUAACAAAGAGUCUGCAUGUGUUUCAAUGUUUCAGCUUUGUCCAUGCAAGCAAAAGAAAUGUACUGUGGAAUCUGUUUUCCAAUCAGGAUAUUGUUGGAACUGAUUAAAACUUAUUCAAAAAUGGCAACUAAAACAUUAUAGAUGAGAUAAACAUAAUGUGUUCCGCUGUAAAUAGGAACUAUUGUAAACUCAGAUUCCUCUUUCUUUGUUUUCCCAUUCCUCCCCACAUCCCAGGAUAAUACCAUCCAGUAACAGAUGCUUAAAUCCAGUCAAAAAUAAUUGAAUAUCUGGAACAUUAUUAAAGUGGUUUUCUGUCCUGUAGCAUUCUGUCCAAAGUUCAUUGACAAAUUCUAAUGAGCAUUACCACUAUUGUUUCUGUGCUGCUUUAGUGCGAUCGAUAUAAAGACAGGCAAAAAUAUUCCACACUAUGACUUCUCCUGUGCCUGCAGUUAGGCCCAAACCAGCCUGUUCAGAGUAAUUUGUGCUGUCAAAUUUAUUCAAUAUCACAGAUCAGUCCAAAUCUGGUCUUCACUCAAUAGUCGUGGCUUGGAAAUAGUUAACAUUUCAGGCACUAAAAUGAAUUGUAGGGCUUUAAUACCACACCCGAGAUAAUUGUUGGUAAAAGUUAAACAACCAGAAAGCGCCUUUGUGCUAUAAAUCACACAAUUUCAGCAGAAUCUUCCCAUAUCACGACCCAUCCAAAGUUUCCUCCUCAAAUACACUCAUCUAUUGUUGAAUAUCAACUAUUGAAAUCGACUGUUUUGGAAAGGCAACAUAGCUUAGUGGAGAGGAGUCACAGUUCCCUGCCAAUUAAUUGAUCUUGGUGUAUGAAUCUCCACUCCUUUUCUGCAGGGGUUAAUUGACCGCACCUCUGCUGAUCUCGCUGAGAUUCUGUUCUUAGGAAAACCAUAUUAGAGAAUUAACAUAACUUGAGAGAAGAUACAAUACUCGUUUCACCAAAUACAAGACAAUCACUUGGCCUGAAUAUAUUCCAUCUAUCUUAUUAACAUAUUUUACAAUAGAUGUCUUUCACCAUAUUAAUUAUUCACCUGAUUACAAUAUCCAUGAUCACAACCUUUUCCAAACCUUAGAACUAGUCAGCCAAUUACCAUAUUACACAAUAACUCCCUUCCUCUGUAUCAUGGUAUUAUUCAUGUAAUUAUAACAGGAGAGAAGCACAGCUGAUCCUGUUUGGACCGUUGUGUAGUAUCUCCAAUUGUUCAGUUUGACAACGUGACCUUGGUGUUAUUGUUGAUCGUGGAAUCCACAACCCUGCCAUGGCCACCAAUAUUUCAAGUCUAAAAGACCAUGACAACAAUAUAAAAUGCUUAUGUAUCUUAUACAGAACACUAAUGUCCAAUUUCACCUUUUUUUUUGGACUAAUUUCUUCUUCCUGGCAGGCUAUCCCCCACCUUUUCAUUAUUGUAGUAAUUAUUAGACUUUCCUCUAAGUCCCACAAGAGCCACUCCUCAAGGGCACGAAAAGAACUGGAACAUUCU